UAUAAAUUGGAAUUAAUAUUGGAUAAGUUGUAACCAAUAUCUUUGAUUAAUAAUAACAAUUCACCCUACGAUCGGGUAAUUCAUUGUACGAUCACGUAUCGCUUUAUCUAUAUUCUCGUUUAUUCAUACGAUUAGAUACUGAAACGUACAUAUGAACACAAGUGCUUUUCAACUCUGCGUAAUCGAGACGACCAUCGAGGUCAGUAGGUCGAUCUUUGCGGACAAUCACUUAUUCAGGUGGUAGAUCCGGAUUUUGCGAUAUCAUGAUCGAGCCGAAAUAAAGGGACCAAUCCGUAGUUCGAAAAAAUUUCGAAUAUUGCGGAUAUGUAUAUGUGUAUGUAUAUAUAUAAUAUAUUUAUAUAUAUAUAUAUAUAUAUAUAUUAUAGAUAUACAUAUAUAUAUUAUAAUUAUAUAAUAUAUAUAUAUAUAUUAUUAUAAGCGGUUAAAAAAAUGUUUGUAAAUAUCGAAGUAAAUACUUCUAGGUACGAAGUGUUGAGUUACCAAUGAUCAUUAAUCUUCGUUUAAGAUUCUUUGGUGCAUCAUAAAGAUCAAUUUAACGCAUAAGUUUGAAGAUAUAAAUGAAAGAUUAUGUCAUUAAAUAUCGUUGUUAUAAUCUUUCGAAAAAUGAUAAUAAACUUUAUGAAAAAAAUAAAUUAAUCAUUGAAGAAUUACAUGUACACAUACAUCUAACGUUCAUUAUAACGCGCAUCGAUCGAUUGAUUUCUUUUAUUUUCCUUGAGAGUAUCUUUUCUCAUAGGAGCAAUCGUCGUAUAGAAUGACAUUAUAAACGAACUUGUAAAAGAAAGUGACUUGUUUUUCGAGGAGGGGAGAAAGUGACCCAGAGAAGUCUUCGGCUGAUCAUCCUUUCGGAUCGUUUAUCGUCAGUCGUACGUUGAACAUUCACGCGUAGAGAAAACAGCAUUUUGAAUGGAUUAAUGCGGAAGUAUUAAUAUUCUUAUUUGAGAGAAUAUCGUUUUGAUAAAAUUAAAAGUUUUGUAUGUAAUAGAGAUACGCGGAGAAAGCGGGAAAUUCCAAUCAUUACCAGCGUCUAAGAGUGUGAUUAACUAUGACGCAUUUCAUGAGGCAAUCAAGAUACUUACGUACAUUUCUAUCGAUUUUAUUGAUGACAUCGGCAGUAAUCAUCAUAGAAAUUUCUGCUGAGUCUUCUUUUACGAAAUCAACAAACGACACGAAUAUACCUGAAAGUCGUAGAAUAGGACCUUGGAGCGAAAUUUUAGAAGAUUGGAUUGUCACUGCCGCGAAUCCUGGCAUGUCAAGAAUAUCGAAGGUAAUGAAACUAAAUGACAAAGUAUUAACAGUAUCUACCAAGGGAACACAGAAUAAGAGAGACGUUUCUGAGACAGAUAUUUACUUACUCGGUGCAAUUGAGAAACUUGUAUACAGAGUGGAUUACGUAGAAAAACGUCUUAGGAGAGCUGAAGAACUUUUGUAUUAUGUUAUUUCUGGAUCUACCGCUAACAAAGAUUCCUGCCCAUCGAACUACACGAGCAUCGGUCAGUAUUGCUAUUAUUUUAGUGAUCGUGAAUACGAUUGGAAGUCAUCCGCCAGUCUUUGCCGAGGUAUGGGAGGACAUUUGGUCGAAUUCGAAACCAUUGUUGAAAAUCAGGAUGUAAUUUCGUAUCUCCAAGGAAAUGCGAAGCUCAAAGGCAAAAACUUUUGGACAGGUGGUUUAAACCCUGGCCUUUUAUGGAUCUGGGCCGGAAGUGCCAGACCUAUUCAUAAUGAUACGAAACAAGCUGUCGUUGGAAACGGCAGGUGUCUAAAAUUGUCCUACGAUCUAUCUUCGAAGAUUUAUUCUUAUAAGGGUGAAGAAUGUGCGUCAAGGCAGAAAUUCAUUUGCGAAUUGACCACAGACGACGAGUCAGCGAAUAAAAUUGAGAGAACAGCACGAAUGUUAUCCGAUACUGUCAGUUGAGUUCAAAGAUUUCUCUAGAAUUGUUUUAUUAUUUACAUGAAAUACAAUUCACAUUCGAUUUCCAAAAAUUUCUUUUUUAUAUAUCGCGUGUCGUGUAUUUAAUUUCGUGUAAUCAAUUUUGUUAAUCGAUAUACAAUAUCGUUACGAAUGCGUUUGAACUCCAUGCAUCAAGUUUUUAAUAACAUUUUAUUCAUUUAAUUUAGAUAUCCUGAAAGAUAUAGACAUUGGUGAAUUUAGCCUUCAAGAGUCCUAAAAUGUUUUUUUAAUGGGGUUCUAUAAUUUUUAGAUUUAACUCUUUAUGUAAUUGGUGAAGUGAGAAUUUGAUUACCGCAAAUGUAGAAAUAAAAAUUAUAAAAUAAAAAUUAUAUAAAUUAUUAUAUCAGAUAUUAAAUU